GUCCAUAGCAGCGGCGGCCCUGCCGGACUCGGAGCCAUGACGAGAACUUCCGCUUCCUCUGCCGCCGGUGCAGGGCCGGGCCGCGCCUAGGCCGCGCCCGGGCCGGGCAGGGAGGGGGCGCGAUGAGGCAGGCGCUGCGCUGGCUCCUGGCCGGGCUGCUGCUGGGAGCGCUGCGCGAGGAGGCUGCCGCGGCGAACAGCGACCCGCCGGCUCGCUCGACGCUCCCGCAGGGCAGCACCCCCGGGGAGGCGACGCGGAGCAGCAAUGGCAGCAGCAGCCCUGCCGCGUCCCCCGCUCCCGAGCGGGACCAGCCCAUGACCCAGCGCGCCCUGGCUGUGCUCGUGGUGGCCAGCGCCGCCCUCAUCGUCUACUUCGUGAUCCGGACCGUGCGCCUCAGAAAAAGAAACAAAAAGACCCGAAGGUAUGGAGUUUUGGACACCAACAUAGAAAAUAUGGAGUUGACGCCAUUAGAACAAGAUGAUGAUGAUGAUGAUACAACAUUGUUUGAUGCUAAUCAUCCUCGAAGGUUAGUGUUUAGAAGAUAAGUAUGUGCCUUUCAUUGAGAAAAAUUAAUCUUAAAUCAACAGAAAGAGGAGGUUUUGCAGGAGGAAUAAGAAGCCAAUAUAUCAACAGGGUCGGGGAGGGGGGUAUUUAAAUUGUGUAUAUUAUGGUAUUCUUAGUUUGUUGCAAUAAAUACUAUAACAAUUUGUUGUACCUCUUUGUAUAUACAGAAAUACUCUAAAUUCAGAGGAGUGUACGCUAACAUUCAAAACUAUUUGGAAAAGAGAUUCCCUUUUAAAACAGGGUAUUUUCUGCUUAUUUUAAUUCCUUAUUUGUAUAUAUAUAUGGUACACUUUUCUAUACCAAUCUGGAAUAUGUUCACUUGUUUUUACCAGUGUAAUAUUUUAAGUCCAUUUAAACAUCAUCAUCUUACGUAUGUGUGAAUUCUGUAGUACGGCUAGAUUUUCUGUAGUUUAGCUGAGAUUCUUUCCCUAUCUUGAAAAAGCUCUGUGCCAAACUACUGCCUCUUUUUGCUUGAAAUUUUUAACUAAAUGAAUGUGAGUUGCUGUAUGUAAACAUUAUUUAAAACUGCCAAGUGAACCAAUAAAAUGUUUACAAUAUUCCUAA